CUUGGUACACCAAAAGCCGUUCAUUAUGGGCCUAGAAAUUCGGGAGAAGGGUCAAGAAUCCGAGUCAAUGGACUCACCUUUGACAAAGUUGACUUCGGAUGGGACACCGCUCUUAUACUUCAACCCUAAUCCUGAUCAAAAUAUCAGCUCAUUCCCACAGUCUGCGAUCAACAAAAUCCAGGUUUAUGUACCUGAUAUGUUCUCAUCGAUCAUGUCUGCAAAGCCUACCGUGAAUCCAAAUUAUUUCUCCGUGAAACCUCACGCUGAUGCGUGGCUUGCAAGGACAUUUGGACAAAGUGGAAAAUGGGCGACUAAAAACUCCAAAACAGACUAUGCGUACUUAGCUUCAAUGUGGGCACCAACAUGUGAUGAAGAGGCUCUACGAACGAUAGUUGACUGGAUGCAUUGGGCAUCCUAUUUCGACGACCAAUUUGAUGAAGGACACCUCAGCAAAGACCUUUUGGCAGCACGAGAGGAGAUUGGAAUUGCUAUAGAGAUAAUGGAAGGGACACAAAAGCAGUAUGUCCCUGAAGAAAGUCCCAUAAGAUAUAUAUUCCAAACAGCAUGGGAACGUAUAAGAAAGAGGUCAUCUGGAGAACUGCAACAGCACUCGAAGGAAAUGCACAAAAGGUUCUUUGAUGGUCUAAUUGAGCAAGUAAGAGCUACAGAAAGCCAAAAGACUUUGGCUCUCAGCAUAGAAGAGUAUCUGCAUUUGCGGAGAGGAACUAUCGGUAUAUAUCCGGGUAUCUCCCUUAUUGAGUAUGCCCAAGGAAUAGAACUUCCUCUGAAUAUCUUGAAACAUCCUUCUCUGCAAGAAUGCAUGUGCGUCUCGGCGGAUCUCGCACUUCUUGCCAACGAUAUCUUGUCGUAUAAGAAAGAUAUAGCAAUGGGCGUCGAUCAGAAUAUCAUCAUACUCUUGAUGAAUCAGGGAUUAUCCGCUCAGCAAGCUCUGAAUAGGAUUUCCGACAUGAUCAAUGAAUGCUAUAAACGGUAUUACGUAGCUCUGGCCAACAUGCCGAUCUGGGGAGAAAAGACAGACCGGUCUGUGCUCCGGUUUGUGGAAGCAUGCCGCGAUGCAGCACUGGGGAAUCUACACUGGAGCUUCAAGACGGGUAGAUAUCUGGGGAAUGGUGGCAGCCAGCUUUACGAAACACGAACACUAAUCAUCAAUUAG